AUGUGUCUCAGUGGAGCACUGCAGUGUUACACCUGCACGGGGUCAACACAAGAGGUUUGCAAUUGCCAGGGAUCCCAAACAUGUCCAAGCUAUGCAGAUGCAUGCAAUGUUGUCAAAGGACAUGGUAGUGGUGUGAUGAAGUCAUGCUCAUACAAGUCAUUUUGUAACCAAACAAACAGCCAAAGCUACAGAACCCCAGGGGUGAAGGUUCACUGCUGUUACUCAGAUGACUGCAAUGUGUCGGCAGGGCAUGCCACCAGGUUCAGUGGAGGGGUCAGCUAA